AUGAAUCGUGGAAAACUUUUGAUUAGCUUGGCAUUAAAUAAUGCGGGACCCAAAAACGAUUGUGCCGAAAAUGUUUCUAAUUCGGUUUCAAUUGAAGAAAACACCAUAAAUAAAUCGUUGUCAUAUUUACCAAUUUUUACCGAAGACAAUCAGGAAAUUGGAAAUAUUGCUACAGAAAGUUUUUCCUGUGUAUUAAAUAAUCUACUUCAACAGGGUGAUGAAAUUCAGCAAGUUGAUAAAACAAUUCAAUCGCGUUCCAGUGAUACAUUUAAUGAUGAUCUACUUCAACAAAGUGAUGAAAUUCAGCAAGUUAAUGAAACUGUUCACUCACGUUCCAGUGAUAUAUUUAAUGUUGAUCUACUUCAACAGGGUGAUGAAAUUCAGCAAGUUAAUGAAACUGUUUACUCACGUUCCAGUGAUACAUUUAAUGAUGAUUCUAGACAAGGUAAAGAACAUAAUGCAGAAGACAUAAGACUAACUACUGUAGAACCUACUAUUAUUCAUGAGGAAAACAGUCAGGCAACAGAGGCAGGAGAAGAAAAUACUUCCAAUUCGGAAGCAAGUUCUCGCGAAAAUACAGUUACAACUCUAACAAAACGUGGUACGGAAAGAAAACGAAAAUUGUAUCCAGAGAGCCUAUCCAAGCGCAAAAUAAAAAAGAUGAAGAUGCGAGCUAACCAACACAAUGUACUUCCUGGUUGUAAGUCAACAUGUAAACGUAUGUGUUCUGAAUUAAUACCUGAAGAAAGACGGCAAUGUAUUAAUCAACAUUACUGGAAAUUAUCUUGGCAUGAACAAAAAAUGAUGGUUUUGCACAACUCUUCCAGAAAUGAAGUAAAAAGGCGAAGUAAACAAAACUUUGAAGAUUGUUAUAAAAAAAUGUCUACCUUCAAAUAUUUUUUUAAAGACAAGGAUGAUUCUCAAAUAAACGUGUGCAAAACAUUUUUCCUAACAACUCUGGGUUAUAAAAGGCAUUGCGAUUGGAUAGUUAGUAGUGUCUACAGUCGUAAAUCCUUGCCAGAUACGUUAAACAUUAAAGAUGGAAGAGGAAAAAAAUACUGUACCAAAAAAAUACCUAGAGAUGAUAUUAAAACACACAUAAUGAGCUUUCACCCAUUAAACUCGCACUACAGAAGAGAACAUGCACCUUCUAGACUAUAUCUUCCAAGCGACAUUAACAUUACUCUGAUGCAUAAUGAUUUUAAAGAAAAAUUUCCUAAUUAUUCAUGUUCUUAUGAUUUAUACAGAACAGAAGUAAAAAAAAUGAAUAUUGCUUUUACAAAACUGGGUAACGAAGAUUGCGAAAAAUGUGAAGAAUAUUCUUUUCAUAAUACAUCUCAUACGAAACAAUCUUUAGAUAAUGAUUGUGAAACCUGCAAACUAUGGAAAGAUCAUCUAAAAUUCGUGGAAUACACAAGGAUGGCAUACCAAGAGGAUGUUGCAAUUGCAAAUAAUCAAGAACCCAACCAAACUAAUUUUCUAGCAAUUUCUGCUGACCUGCUGAAAGUUAUCAUGUUACCGAGAAUUGACAUGUAUAAGAGGAUCCUCUUUACCAGAAGAAUCAGUGUAUAUAAUGAAAGUUUUGUUUCUCUUGGGUCACAAAAAAAACAUUUUCCGUUGGCAGUUCUAUGGCAUGAAGGUAUAGCAGGAAGAAAGCAGGAAGAAAUUAUUAGUGCAUUUCAUGCGUUUUUCAGUACUAAUAGGGACAUAAACCAAAUUGUAAUGUGGACCGAUAAUUGUACCAGCCAAAACAAAAAUUGGGCAUUUAUAACUUUUUUAAUUUUUCUCAUUAACAGUCAAGAACUUGGUACAGAAAAAAUACAUAUGAAAUAUUUUGAACCUGGACACAGUUACAUGUCAGCAGAUAGCUUUCACCACCAGGUUGAAUUAAGUCUGAAGAAACAGAAAAAAACUUACGAUUUCAGCGAUUUUUCUGCAGCAGUACAAAGUGCAAAUAAAGGCCAUGUAACAGUUAAAUGUCUUAACAUUAAUGAAAUUGCGGAUUGGAAAAACUGUUCUUCGAUUACAAAGAUAAAUAGAUUAAAUCCUAGGCCUUAUUUACGAGACGUUUCCGAAAUGAUAUUUACUAAAGGGAAACUUUCAUUCGAAUACAGAACUUUUGAAAAUAGUGCGUUUACAGAAGUUGAUAUUUUGCAAGAAAGAUUUAAAAAGAAUCCUAAUCUUAUGCGGCCAAAGUUUCGCAAUACGCCGUGCUGGAGCAGGAUGAAACGACAUUAUAGCGAAUACAGUGUUUCUAGUGAUAAUGAGAUGGAACCAUUAGUAAUAGAUAGGGGGCCAUAUUUCGAUAUGAGUGCUGCAAAAAAUGUAACGGCUUUAGUAGGAAAAACGACGUACCUCGGUUGUCGAAUCAGAAAUUUAGGAAAUAGAACGACAACUAUUUUAAAACCUUUUACAAAAAGACAGACCGAUCCAAGGGGCCAAUCAUCCCCUAAACUCAAUUUAAAUGCCUCUGUGGGUAGGAGCGCGAAGGCAUUAUCUACGAGCAUGAGACUGAGUGAGACAGAUUGCGAUGUCAAGGCCCCCUUCGGGCCAACAGCUAAAUUCACUCACAAGUAG